AAAACUUUAAAACUAAAGCUUUACGAUUGCGACGACAUCUGUGUGUGAUAGCUUUGAACUAAAGUUGUGCAACUUGAAAACUUGUCUACUAGAUGGAGCAGUAGUGCAUGCAAAAUGCAAGCGAGGGUACACGAUCGUAAGUUGAUGCACCCAAUGCGCCCCCUAACGAGAACGCCGCUUAUUGCGUGAAGUGUCGUUCAUCUUGCGAGUGCCUGUUGUUUCGUUUCGAAUUUGAUUGUCUAACAAACGACGUAGCAACGGGAAAUAAUCCAAUUGGCAGUGCUAGUUGGUGUGUAAAAGUAGUCGUAACUGCAAGUGCUAGUCGAAGUCGCGCUAACGUUACCCUUCCGUUGCAACCGUAUCUUGAAGGUUAAGCAACGCGGCGGAUGCAUCUAAUGACGCACAACGAUGCAUCGAGUUUGCUAUCGUUUCUAAUGUUUUCCAAUUAAAUAAACCUUGUCUGCGAGGCCUAAAUCAAUAUGGAGAGCACGAAGGCAACGCCGCGAGUAACCCGCACCAGAGGUAAAGCAACAUUGGCCGAGGAUACUCCGGCUGCUAAUACCGACGCAGAAAUGGCGCCAAAUCUAAACGGUAACAAAGAUGGUGGAGUUGAUACAGAAAAUGCUACUACUGUGCCAGUUAAAGAAGCAGAGGCGGCGAAAGAAAGCGGCCGCGUUACGCGCAAACGUAAACUUACGGAAGUAAAGACUGAUGAGGAGGUUAUCAAGGAGGCAAAAGAGAGUGCUGUUGAUAAUAAAGCAGACACCAAGGAGGACUCGACAAAUAAUGAUGAAGCAGUGACUCCAGAAGAAAGCAACAACACAAAUCAAGCAGAAGAGGUACCUGUUGCUAUGGAUACAAUUGAGCCAAGCAAACCUGCAGGUAAUAUAUCUAAAGUCAUCACGCCCGUUGUAGAGCAGCCAGUAGUUGAAUCAAUGAGCAAUGAUUUUAUAUCCAUAAGUACGGGGAGUGAAACUUAUGGCAAGGGGAAGCGAGCACGGGUACCCAACAAACGUUAUAGCGAUAUUAUACGACCAAUUACACGUACACCCAAAUCCGAAGGUGCUUCUCGAGGGAGUCGAACACAUGAAAGUCCGGGGGCAAAGAAUGGGGAAUUUCCCGAAGACGAUUUAGGAGAAAUAUUACGGGAAGAGUCUGAAUUUGAGGCUAAGGGUGGAUUGUCGCCCGUAGCAAAAAAAGGUGUCAAAAAGACAAAGCCUGUGUCGAUGUCAAAUCCCAACUAUCUAAAACCGUUCAAAUAUGGCUGGAAGCGUGAGCUUGUUUUCCGGACAACGUUCACAGACGGUUGUCGGAACAGGGACGUCUACUAUUACAACGCGGCUGGGAAAAAAUUUCGGUCCAUGCGUGAAAUUACGGAUAAUUUGCAUAACAACCGUGAAUUAUCGCAGGAAAAUUUUACUUUUUGCAAGGAAACGCUAGGUUUGGAUGAUACUGAUAAGGAAAUUGUUCGGUUUGCGAAACAAGGUAACACAACGCCGCUUCAGAUUAAUCGUAAAAUGACGUCGAAAUUAAUUAAGCCGAAAAAGGGAUCGAAAGCUGAUUCACCGCCUGCGGCAUCACCUACAAAGGGCAAAUCUGCGAAAUCUGCUUCUUUUAAGGUUAAAGCACCCGUUAAACCGGCGAUAAAAAAGACGAAAAAGGAAGCUGAAGUUGAAGCUCCAGUUUGGAACUUUAACAAGAAAAAGAUCAAUGUGGAUAGGAAACCGUGCCAACCGUGUUCUAUUCGGUGCGAUGGUAUGCAGGGACUCGUUCCUUGUCUGCAGUGUCGCAUUUGCCUAUGUCUCUAUCACAAUGAAUGCGUCGGAAUUGCUCCGCAGGUCAAUGUCCAAGCCUAUGUGUGCAAGAAAUGUCAACUGGAACAAGAACCGAGCGACGGGAACAGCGGAACUAGUUUGUCAACAGAAACCAAUCUCCCACAACCGAAUACUCCUUUCACUCCUGCUCUUGCAAAUACUGAUAAUACAAGCGCUCCCGAAAGGCAGAACGCGGAUUUAUCGCCGAAUUCGAAAUUGAAAUUGAACAAUAAUAAUACUGAGCAGAAGAGUUUGGUCGGUUCGCUCACUACGUGGUUUCCUCAAAGUUCGACUAUACAAGUCAGUAAUAAUGAAUCGGAUUCACUUGCAAAUAUACCGCGCAGACCUCAGCUGGUUGAAUACAUUGGAAAUAAGAAAUACGUAGUUGUACCGAGGCACAAUAUUCUCUCAGUUCGAUCGCCUGCGCAGGCCGAUGUUGCAAGCACUGCGAUAUUUAAACAACGCGAAACAAAUGUAGUUUCUGAUUGUCCGCAAAGUCCAACCGAAAGUUCUGCUUGCAACCCAUCUAAGGCAGAAACCCCGGAUCGAGGAGAGUGUAAGCAGGAGGCCUUCACGCCAUCGACCGCAGAAGACGAGAAACCUGCAGAACCCGUCAAAACAUCUAAGCCUUCUCCGCGUUCACAAGAAGGAUCCGUAGCGAGAUCAGGCCCUCCAAACUUUAUGAAUACAUAUAUGCAAAAUCUGCAGUAUGGUUAUACAACACUUUUUGGUGUGUUUCAGUACUUAAAAGUGCAGGAUUUAUUGCGUGCCGGCUGCGUGUGUACAAUGUGGCGGGACAUGUCUCGUUAUCCAGCGUUAUGGCGUACGGUGCGAAUGAAAAAUUCACAAAUUCAUAGCUUUGACGGUAUGGCAAACGCCUUGCGCCAACAUGGCACUGUACAUCUUGAUUUGAGAAAGAUGUUGUUGCCUUCAAAUGCCACUGAUGAUGAUAUUUGGCCUUCAUUCACAAACGCAAUUAAGAAAGUGGAAAGUUUGAGGCGUAUUGAGUUAUGUCGUUGCUUAGCUUCGGUUGUUGAAGACCUAGCUCGUAACAAUCACAAUCUUGAAGUUAUUAAUGCAGUCACAAUCAAAUGCGAAGGCAUGACUUUUGAACCGUUCGAGAAUCUGACCAAUUUGGUCGAUUUAAGAUUGAAGUCAAUGGCUGGUUUAACAUUGUCAUCGGAUCUCUCCGCACUACAAGCACUUACGAAGCUGAAGCACCUGUCGAUCACAUCUAUCAAGGAUCUCAACAAGUUAAAUAUUGAAGUAAUUGCCGAUUUGGUAAAUCUGGAAGUUUUAGAUUUAGGUGAAUGCACAGAUUUCCCCAAACAUUUUGGUACUGAUAUUCUUAGUAAACUAACAAAGCUCGAAAAAUUACGGCUGGAAAAGGGUCAAGGGGAUUGUCACACAUUCGAAAUUCUUGAGGCAGUAAAAGAAUUACCUGGACUGCAGCAGCUCGAAUUGGUCAAUUUCGAUAUAAAGGCCGGUUUUGAUAAGACGUUGGGUGCAUGUUUUAAUAUUAAGAAGUUAUUGAUCAUACCUACGUAUAUAUCGCAAUCUGCGACCACUAACCACAUGGUUCUUGGUGGCGUUUUGCGCUUACAGAAAACACUGUCUCAUUUCGUUUGGGGUGUGACUUUGGAGUUGUUAAGGGUUACGCAGUUAUUUGUAAGUCAGCAGAGCAGCGAGCAGCCAGAUAAAAAGGAAUCAAAUGAAACCAACAGCGAGAGUAUUCCAGUGCUCAAACCCGUGCCUUUGCACGGCAUUCCGCAGGCCGAGGCCGCGUCACCUUCAGACACGCCACAAGUGGAAAUCUUGCCCUUGUCGAAUUUGAAAAACCUGCUGCUACAGAAUUUGCCCACAACCCGAGUGAAGAUUGUUAAGAUACCUUUCCAUUCAACAUGGAGGCAAAGUAUAACGGACAGUGUGAAUUAAAUCACGUAGGCGGUCAACGUGUGAACUAUGUUAUGCAUAGAUUAAUUUAAUAUUACAGAUAAGCAAAAUCAUUAUUAAAUAUUCUGCAUUGAUGGUAAUUAUUAGUUACAUUACAUACAUGUUAUGCUACUUAUGCUAAGUUUCAUUUAUAAUUAAUUCGCUGCGAAAAGAAAAAUACUUUGAAAUCAUUUCUAUAGUGCUGUUUUGUACAGUGUAUGUUAGUUUCCCGAAGUUUAAAUGAUUAUUGAAUAUUUUUAAAGUGGAGUCUGCUGUAGAAAAUUUAAUCGUGUUUUAUAAAAUUUGGGAUUCUUGUCGUUAAAAUGGAAGACAGUAAAAUAGAACUUUGAGAAAUACCUUCAUGUAGAAGAAUCUGAUCUUCUUUUAUACAAUUUGACUAAAGAUGUAAAUUAUUAGUAAUUUGCAAAUAUAUCAAUAAAUAUUUUAUGAUUA